CAGACGUCUACACAAGAGCCGCAAUGCUGACACUCUUCAUCCUCAGCCUGGUUGUGUUGCCAGCUAAGGCCUUGCCUGGCUCCUGUAGUUUUGACAGAAACCUCUGUGGGUUCCAAACAGACUCCACUCAUUCCAGCUGGAUACUCAAUCUGAAAGGGGGGUAUGUGCAUCUGGAGGCUGUGGGUCCCACUGGUUCCACGGGUUCUGUGGGCAUGAGCGGGGUUCUGCUAAGUGAGGAGCUGGAGGACCCAGAGGAGUGGCGCUGUCUCAGACUGCAGUACCGCAUCAGUUCCUCUGGCUCCCUCCAGGUGGCGCUGCGCUCAGAGGCAGAGAGCUUCGACCGGCCGCUCUGGACCUCCCAUCAGCCCACGCACACCUGGGGCAGCAUCAGCAUAGACAUCCACAACUCAACACAGCCAUACAGGGUGGUCCUGGAGGGACACUCAGGUGGAGAAGCUGGUGGUGCUGUGUCAAUAUCCGACACACACAUCACAUAUGGAUACUGCAUAGAGUGUGAUUUUGAGGAAAACCAUCUGUGUGGAUAUAAAAACCAAGGGAACAGCAAAGUAAAAUGGUCUGUUGGAGGCGGAUCUUUGGAGGCCACACCCACGCAGCCAAACACCAGAGGUCGGUACAUGUAUGUGGACACAGCAGAUGCGCAGGCGUUCCAGGAAGUGACCCAGCUGGCAUCGCCCCUGACGACAGAGCCACUGUCCGGUUGCCUGAGCUUCCUGUUCCAGCAACAGCAGGCUGAGGCCCACAGACUCGCCCUCUACCAGCGCGACGCCGCCGGACACUACCGGCCGCUCUGGAAGGCCCCCGCGCCCCACGGAUAUGUGGGGGUGUGGUUACCUGUGCAAGUGGAGCUCAAGGCCCCCUACCCCGUCCAGCUGGUGUUCGAGGCAUCUAAUAGUCCUGCAGGGGGCCAGGUGAUGUUAGAUGACAUCGCCUUCUCACCAGAGUUCUGCAACGCAGGGACAAAGCCCAUGUUUGACCCGUCUGUGGCCAACUGUGAUUUUGAGUUUGGCUUCUGCAAAUACUCACAGGGGAAAAGGGGCGCCCCCAUGUGGAAGAGGGUCUCAUUACAACCAAACAUUUACCAAGCAGGAGACCACACCACUGGCUCAGGGGCAUUCCUGCUGACAGCACGUUUUGCUGACCGUUCGUCCUCCGUCAGCCAUCUGCUGGGUCCGGUUCUGCCGGCAGGUCUGCGGUUCUGCCUGCGGUUCUUCACGUCCUUGCGGGGCUUUGGCUCAGGAGUGUCCCUGCUGGCCGUCUACCUGCAGCACACACACACCGGAGCCCUGCAGAGAGUGUGGCAUCAGACAGAGACCAGUAGAGAUGUGUGGACUGCCAACGAGAUCAUGCUAGACACACAGCACAGUGCACAAGUGGUGAUUGUUAGUGCCUGUAAGAGUCUCUGGAGCUGCACAUCAGUUGCCCUUGAUGACAUCAGUCUCAGUCUGGGGGAUUGUGCUCCACCCUCAGGCCCUACUGGCCCCCUCCUCUGUGACUUUGAGGCGGGGCUAUGUGGCUACUCCCAGGACCCAGAGGACUCUGCUAAUUGGCUAAGGACACGAGGGCCCACCCCCACAGUCUUCACCGGGCCCCCAGGAGACCACACCUCCGGUAGAGGGCACUACCUUUACAUCGAGGCAUCUGUGAUGUUGACGGAGCAGAGGGCGCGGCUGCUGUCUGGGACACUGCGGGGGUCAAGAGGUCAGCAGUGUCUGCGCUUCUUCUACAGCAUGUUUGGCUCAGGCUGCGGUGACCUCAGUGUGCUGCUGCGGAGGCCGCUGAACGGCAGGGACGUGUUGCUAUGGAAACGCUCCGGCGAGCAGGGUAUCUCAUGGCUGAGGGCCACGCUCAACUACCAGUGUGACGAACAACAUCAGAUUGUCUUUGAGGCGUCCAGAGGCUCCUCUGUGCGCAGCGAUAUUGCUAUUGAUGACAUCACAUUUGAGAGUGGGCCGUGCCCAGAUACAGAAGACUACAUCAAGCUAUCUAGUUUCCCAAGCGGUGCAAAUGCAGGAAACAUCUUUCAUUAACAAGCUUUUUUAAAAGAAUAUAUCCAUUUUAUCUCUGCAAUUCCAAGAUAUAUCAAUUAGUUAUUAAAUGAAAUG